UUUAACUUCAAAAAAGAAGAUUGAGACACAAAGCCAAAACUUUGGCAAAUUAACAUUAUGGAGGAAGUGGCGGAAAUAGUGAAAAAACAGAGUUCUCUGGCAAUCUCAACUCCUCCAGUUCAAGUUCAAGUUAAUCAUCAAAUACAUUCUCCAAAUUCAAUAAGCUUUCCAAAAAGCCCUUAUAAUUCUCGUUUUAUGAACACUCCCUUAGCUACUCCAUUGAAGAAAGUCAUUGAAAACAUUCUUGAAGAAGUUGGUCACUUCACCAAGUUUGACCAACAAGAUGAUUGGCUUCCAAUCACUGCUUGUAGAAAAGGAAACGCUUACUAUGCUGCUUUUCAUUUGCUUUGUUCUGGAAUUGGAUUUCAAGCACUUGUUCUUCCUUUGGCCUUCACCACUCUUGGCUGGACUUGGGGAAUAUUAUGUCUAUGUGUGGCUUUCACAUGGCAGUUAUACACCUUGUGGUUACUGAUUCAGCUACACGAAUCGGACACAGGGAUACGUCAUAGCAGAUACCUCAAACUUGCUAUGGCAGCAUUUGGAGAAAAGCUAGGAAAGAUAUUGGUACUCUUCCCCGUCCAGUAUUUAUCUGGUGGAACAUGCGUGACACUGAUUAUGAUUGGAGGUGGCACAAUGAAGAUAUUAUUUCAGAUGGUAUGUGAAGACUCAUCAUGCAGUUUAUACCAACUCAAAACCAUAGAGUGGUACUUGGUAUUUACUGUGGCUGCCAUUUUGCUUGCUCAGCUUCCAAACCUUAAUUCAAUUGCAGGGGUUUCUCUGAUAGGAGCUAUCACAGCCGUAGGUUAUUGUUCUCUUAUAUGGAUUGUGUCUGUUUACCAAGGUAGGCUUGAUAAUGUGUCCUAUGAGCCACCAAGGAGACAAUCACAAGCUACAAGAAUUUUCAGUGUGUGGAAUGCACUUGGCAUCAUUGCCUUUGCUUUUAGAGGUCACAAUCUUGUACUAGAAAUACAGGGAACCAUACGUUCAGAUUCUAAGAAUCCAUCACGCUUAGCAAUGUGGAAAGGGGUUAUGUUUGCUUAUCUAGUCAUCGCCUCUUGUUUGUUUCCCCUAGCCAUUGGAGGAUAUUGGGCCUAUGGAAAUUUAAUGCCUUCCAACGGAGGAAUGUUAAGUGCUUUGAAAAAGUACCAUGAACAUGAUACAUCAAAGUUCAUCAUCGCUUUGACAAGUUUGCUGGUUGUCAUCAACGGCCUCAGCUCUUUCCAAAUCUAUGCAAUGCCAAUAUUUGACAAUUUAGAAUUCAGAUACACCAGCAAAUGGAACAAACCUUGUCCGAGGUGGCUUCGAAUAGUCUUCAGAAGUCUCUUCGGCUGCCUGACCUUUUUCAUUUCUAUAGCGUUACCAUUCUUGCCAAGUUUGGCAGGCCUCAUUGGAGGAGUUGCUCUGCCAAUAACGUUAGCUUAUCCCUGUUUCAUGUGGAUACUGAUUAAGAAACCAAAAAAGCAUAGCACAACUUGGUAUCUAAACUGGACGCUAGGAGCAGUUGGCAUGAUUCUAAGUGUACUGAUUGUAAUAGGAGCGAUUUGGGGCAUUGUAGCACUGGGCAUUCAGAUCCACUUCUUCAAUCCAUAGUAGUAAGAUUCAGAUUAUACUAUCUCAAUAACUACCCUGUAAGUUAUAUUUUUCGCUCUCUUGUAACAACAAAAAAUCAGUACCGCAGAAGUUGAUUUGCCAGCAUUUGCUAGGGUUUUACAAACAACAAUGCGAAGCAGCACAUAUGACUCGUGAGACGAAA